GCUGGCUCUGCUGUGUAGGUGUCCGCCCUCUGGCCACGCGCCACUACUUCCGUCACCUAGGAAACAGGGAGUGAAUAAAGCGCCCGUGAAGCAGGUGACAGACGUGAUUGGCUGAGAUGUCGGACGAUGUAGUAGCGCGCCAUCGUUCCAUCGGACAUCAGUGAGAUGUAGAAGCCGCUCAAUGGAUCAGUGGAGACCAGAGUUGGCAGGUCCAGUAAGAGACGUUUGCUGUCCGUUUUACACCGUGCGGCUGAGUUCUGUUCAUUAUUAAGACCUAGGCUCAACUUGGCCGCUACAGUUCUCUUGCAAAAUGCUGAACCAUCUGUUCUGUAUGCAUGGCCACCUGGUGGCGUCCCACCCCUGGGAAGUGAUUGUUGGAACAGUCACACUCACCAUCUGUAUGCUGUCCAUGAACAUGUUCACUGGCAAUGACCAGAUCUGCGGCUGGAACUUUGAUUGCCCCAAAACAGAGGAGCAAAUUCUGAGUAGUGAUAUCAUCAUCCUCACCAUUACACGUUGCAUCGCUGUCAUCUAUAUUUACUUCCAGUUUCAGAACUUGAGACAGUUGGGAUCUAAAUAUAUUUUAGGCAUUGCUGGCCUUUUCACCAUAUUCUCCAGCUUCGUAUUUAGCACAGUGGUGAUUCACUUUCUUGAUAGAGAACUCACAGGCCUCAAUGAGGCUUUGCCUUUCUUUCUGCUUCUCAUUGACCUCUCCAAAGCAUGUGCUCUUGCCAAGUUUGCCUUAAGCUCCAUUUCUCAGGAUGAAGUGAGGGACAACAUUGCUUAUGGCAUGGGAGUACUAGGACCUACCUUCACUUUGGAUGCCCUGGUGGAGUGCUUAGUGAUUGGAGUGGGAACCAUGUCAGGUGUGCGACAAUUGGAAAUCGUGUGCUGUUUUGGCUGCAUGUCUAUCUUGGCCAACUACUUUGUGUUCAUGACUUUCUUCCCUGCAUGUGUGUCACUGGUGCUGGAGUUGUCCCGUGAAAGUCAGGAGGGCCAUCCCAUCUGGCAGCUGAGCCACUUCUCCAGAGUAAUAGAGGAAGAGGACAGCAAACCCAACCCUGUUACUCAGAGAGUCAAAAUAAUUAUGUCUUUGGGCCUGGUGAUUGUUCACGCCCACAGCCGCUGGAUUGCUGAGCCAUUGUCCAUUAACAGUGCAGUGGGCAUCCCACAGGAUGGCAUGAAGCUGGAUCACCUCUUGCCCCGGAGGAUUGAACCAGAGAAACCACUUUGGGUUUUCUACCUCACCAGGAUGAUAACCAUGGAUGUAGAGCAGGUGAUCUGUUUGGCCUUGUCCCUGCUUCUGGCUAUCAAGUACAUCUUCUUUGAGCAGGUUGAGAUAGAGUCUAUGCUGUCACUGAAGAGCCCCAUCACUAUGUCCGCCCCCAUCGUGACCUUGCAACAGCCCACCAAAACUUGCUGUAGGAAGGAGUCAUUCACUCCCCGUCCACUCAACCCGGGCUGCAUGGCUGUUGUGGCAUCUGCUAACAAGGCAGAGAAAGAUGAGGUUAUCCAGCCCCUGUCUGCCCCAGCAGCUGAUACCCUGCCUAAGGGUUUAUUUCUUGUUGGGGAAGAAGAGGAUGAGCUCAAGUCCACCACUCACCUGAGCGUUCCCCCAAAGCCGAGAAGCCUGGACAAGUGUGUAGCAAUUCUCAACAACCCUGAGCUUGGGCCUUGUUUCCUGAGUGAUGCUGAGGUGAUGCUGUUGGUCAAUUCUAAUCACAUCCCUGCAUACAAACUUGAGUCCAUGAUGGAGAGACCAGAGAGGGGAGUAGCCAUACGAAGACAGAUAAUAUCUGCAAAGCUUCCUUCUCCUUCUGUGCUCUCCUCCCUGCCAUACACUCACUAUGAUUACUCAAAGGUUACGGGCACUUGCUGUGAGAAUGUGAUUGGUUACAUGCCCAUACCUGUGGGCGUGGCUGGACCAUUGCACCUGGAUGGAAAGUAUUUCCAGGUUCCCAUGGCAACUACAGAGGGCUGCUUGGUUGCCAGUACCAACCGUGGCUGCCGAGCAAUUGCUCUGGGAGGGGGAGCCAGCAGUCAAAUUCUGGCUGACAGCAUGACUCGAGGGCCUGUAGUGAGGCUGCCAUCUGCCUGCCAAGCUGCAAAGGUCAAGGCCUGGCUGGAGAGCAUGGAUGGGUUUCAGGCCAUGAGAGAGGCCUUUGACAAUACCAGCAGGUUUGCUCGGCUUGAGAAGCUGUGCGUUGGUCUGGCUGGUAGAAAUCUCUACAUCCGCUUCCAUUCUAAAACUGGAGAUGCCAUGGGGAUGAACAUGAUGUCUAAGGGUACAGAGCAGGCUCUGAGCAGACUGCAGCAGGACUUCCCAGAGCUGCAGGUGGUGGCUGUCAGUGGGAACUACUGCACAGAUAAGAAACCAGCCGCCAUCAACUGGAUCAAAGGCAGGGGCAAGUCUGCUGUCUGUGAAGCCACCAUCCCUGCUAAAGUCGUCAGAGAGGUUUUGAAAACAACAACAGAAGCUCUAGUGGAGGUUAACAUCAGUAAAAACCUUGUGGGUUCAGCCAUGGCAGGGAGCAUCGGUGGAUUUAACGCCCAUGCAGCCAACGUGGUGGCUGCCAUCUAUAUAGCCUGUGGACAGGAUCCAGCCCAGUCAGUGGGCAGCAGUAACUGUAUCACCCUAAUGGAGGCAUCAGGACCAGCAGGGGAUGACCUGUAUAUAAGCUGCACCAUGCCUUCUAUAGAGCUAGGCACUGUAGGAGGAGGCACCAACUUGCCUCCCCAGCAAGCAUGCCUUCAGAUGCUGGGUGUGCAGGGAGCCUGUCAGGAUUUCCCAGGAGAGAAUGCCCGGCAGUUGGCCAGGGUUGUGUGUGCCACUGUGCUUGCUGGAGAGCUCUCACUGAUGGCUGCUCUGGCUGCUGGACAUCUGGUCAAAAGUCACAUGACUCAUAACAGAUCCAAGGUCAACCUACAGGACACUCAAGAAUGUGUGGCAGAAAAGCCUCCCGAGAGCCUGAGAAGAGUUCAGCAUCCUUCACCAGACCCUGGUCACUGAACAGAGCACUAAAGCCAGGACAGUAUGGACAAUCUGAAAGUGACUAAUCAUUCAUCAAUGAGACCAGACCUCAGACAUUCUCAAAAUGCUUUCCAAGAGAGAUGAAUGUCUUCUGACCAAUUUCUGUACUGGAUAUGAAGAGGAUCUAUUCAAGCUAAUCAGACUAAUGACCUUUAAAUGAAAGAUUUCUGCUCUGCUGGUGCCCAAUGAAGCACUGAACAUAGAAACAAUGCUACAAAAAAGGUGAAGAUGAAUGUGGGUGGCUGGGUAUGGGAAUUUAAAGAGAAAUGCUGCUCAGUCCAUGUGUCAUCCGAUCAUUCAGUUACUGAUUUAAUCUACAAACAAGAAAACAGAUGAACGGUUCAGAAUUAAACUUUUUUUUUUGACCCACCGAUCCACACUGCAGAGAAUAAGUAUGUUGGUGUGGGGAUUGCUUUCUGAAGGUAUAUUGGAACAAUAUGAGUCAAUUACAUAACUUUGCACAGAGACAUCACAUAAGCUCCAUUUCCAUCGGAACCUAAUGAGCGAUACACCCCAUACUUCUCUUAAGCAUCACCAAGCAAAGCCUCUGGGGUUGACGGCGACCAUCGUGCUUUGUUUUUCCACUGUAUUUUCUCUCUUUGGUCUCUGUUUAAAGGAGGGAGGGGCUACUCCCUUCUCACACACACACAGUCAGCUGUGUGUUUACACAAUGUGCUUGUAAUGCUAAUGCUUGAGGUGUAAAGAUGCAGACAUUUGACAAACGCAGAACCCGUGACAAGCGUUACUUGCCACAAACCCCUGCAGAGGCUACAAGGUCUACAGUGCAAGGUAAAACUCCCACCCCCGUCAAAAAAAUGAUGGGCCCAAUAAUGUAGCAUAAAAAUUGUGACCAGUAGGCUAACAGUGAAGCUCUGCUUAGACUGCUUAAAAUUAACAAUGAGUUAAUCUGUUUGAAUAUUACACAUAAUAUGUGGUUCAGUGGGUAGAGCAGUCGUCUCCCAACCGGAGGUUAAAAUCUCAGUGCUCACAGUCGAAGUGUCUUUGGGCAAGACAGUGAACCCCCAAGUUGCCCCUGAUGGUUAGAGCCAUCGGUUGA